AUGAACACAUGAAGAAUCAUCCGGUCACUUAUUCUGAAAUGAGUCAGUACUUUUACUUUCUGUACUUCAACUAUAUUUUGAUUCAAAUACUCUCUGUACUUUUACUUGAAUAACAUGACUUUCAAUGCAGUAACAGAGUGUCUCUAUACUGUAGUAUCACUACUUUUACUGCAGUAAAAGACCUGAGUACACUGUCAUGUUGAGGUACUUUUACGUCUCUGCACGCACCGUUCAGGUCCGUUUAUAUAAUGUGCUACAUGAGUGCAGGUUAGUACCCAGCAGUAUAUAAUACCUCUCAGAUACCCAGAUUAAAGUACUUGUACUCUGUGUACUCGGUCAGAUCUACAGCUGCAUGUCAUUAAUUCUGGUUUUUGAGUUGAUCUUCAGGACGGGUCCGUACCCGCUCCCAGACCCGCAGUCUGACAGGAAAACACCCAAAUAAGGCCUGAGGAAGUGAUGACGCCGCUGGAAGAUCUCCAUGUGACGUAGAGCCUAAAAAAAACCGAUCGGCGCUGUGACGUGUCCGCGGGGUUUCCGGCCAUGGCGGCCGGCCGCGGUCACCGCGCACCGUUUACCGCCUGUAGACUGUCGGUCCGGUCCUCCAGUCAACACCUGCCGAGCCCGGACCGAGGGUUGGACCGUACCGGAUCGGUCACGCUCCAAAAACCGCAGCACAAAGGGCGCGUGGAGGCACCGGAGCUUCCGGGUACGCGCUCACCGCUUUGACCAAAUAUGGGCUUUCCUUCGCGCCAUAUUUGGGAAUGUACGUCACGCAGGAGUCUAUAUAAAGCCGGGAACCUCAUUGAGGAAACCUGACAGAGCUCAGGUUCAAGUUCACAGCAUCCACACGUGAAAACACCAACCGGAAACAAACACUAGAUGUUUACUCUCCCUGAUGACUCAGCAGCUUCACUUCCGCCACUAACAAUCAGUUUGAAAACAUCUCCUCGCGGGACCCCGGAGCUGUCGACCCUCCAGCAUUGGCUUCCUCCGAGCACCGCAGCCCCCAGCAGCAGCAGCAGUGUCAGCCCGGUCAGAGCGCCUCUCCGCCGGGUUCAGGAGCGGAGCGCAGCUCGGUCCCUUCGCAGGAACAGCCCGGUGCUCAGGAGCUCCAGGAGCGGCUGAGCUCCACGUCCGCCGCCGCCUCCGACUUUUCCUCCUCCCGAGAGAUGGCAGCGACCAAGGCGGAGCUGCUCCUGUCCGCCCUGCAGAUCUCUGACCCGCUGGCCGGCUUCCCGCCGCCUCUCUCUCCGCUGGACGGUUACCCGAAGCUGGAGGAGCUGCAGAUGCUGCUGCAGAACGCCGCGGCCGGAGGCUCGCUGCUGGCCGCGUCCGCAGCGGAGGGAGCCGGGCUGCUGAGUGGAGAGCCCGGGGAGUUCGGAGGUGAGGAGACGGGAGGUGGAGAUUCUCUGUCGGAGCUCCCGGACCUACAGAGUCUCCCCCCCCUCACCCCCCGCCUCCCCCCUCUGGCCUACAGCGGCCGCUUUACCUUCGAGCCCUCGACGGCGGCGGCAUCUGGUAGCGGCCUGUGGGCGGAGCCUCUGCUCAGCCUGUUCACGGGGUUGGUCAGCAUGGCAGCUCCUCCCCCCACAGCUUCCGCCUCAUCAGCAGUGACAUCAUCAGUGACAUCAUCGUCGUCGAUGUCUCAGCCGAACCUCAGCUCCGUCCAGAUCAGCUGUGGCUCUGCUGACGUGGCCUCCGUCUUCUCCACCGCGCCCACCUACACCUCCUCCUCCGCCAGCGGCCCCGACCUCCUCCUCCCCCCCACCGACGUCCAGCCAGCCCCCCAGGCCUUCCAACCGCAGGGCCCGCCUCCCGCCUACCCCAGCUCCGCCUCCAGGCUGGGCCUCCAGGCGGUGCCGAUGCUGCCGGACUACCUCCUGCCGCAGCAGCAGGACGGCGAGCUGGGUCUGAACCAGGACCAGAAGCCUGUGGUGCUGCCACAGACCCUGAACCCGCCCCCGCAGCCUCCGCUCACGCCGCUCUCCACCAUCAAAGCCUUCUCCUCGCAGAUCCAGACACAGCCUCAGAGCUCCACCUACCAGGCCCAGCUCGCCAAGACCGGCCGGAUCAGGAAGUCCCCCGCAGGCCGGCAGUGCAAGACGCCGCCCCACGAGCGGCCGUACGCCUGCCCGGCCGACGGCUGCGACCGCCGAUUCUCCCGGUCCGACGAGCUGACGCGGCAUGUGCGCGUGCACACGGGCCAGAAGCCGUUCCAGUGCCGCAUCUGCAUGCGCAGCUUCAGCCGCAGCGACCACCUGACCACGCACAUCCGCACGCACACCGGAGAGAAGCCGUUCGCCUGCGCAGAGUGCGGACGCAAGUUCGCCCGCAGCGACGAGCGCAAGAGGCACGCCAAGAUCCACCAGAGGCAGCGGGACCGCAAGGCCGACAGGAGCUCCGCCUCCUCCUCCGCUCCCAAACCCCCCGUCUACACCUCCCCUCCCACCUCCUCCCCCUGCUCCUCCUACUCCUCCCCUGCUCACAGCUCCUCCUCACCCGCUGCCUCGCUCUUCGCCCCCUCCUCCUCCCUCAGCAUGCAGGCCGCCUCCCCCUGCUUCACCUCCUCCUCCUCCUCCUCCUCGCUGUCGCACAUCUACACCUCCUCCCCGUCCCCCCACCUCUACUCCUCCACCUGCUCCUCUCCGAUGGGAAGUCCUCAGUCGGAGCUGCCCUCCCCCCACAGCUCCAACAUCUGCUGACGGACAGGAGGUUCACCUGCCGUGACCUUUGACCUCAGACUGAAACUCUGCCUCUGCAACACCAGGAAGAACUCAGACUGCUCCUCCAGUAGUGACGAGGUCAAAGGUCAUCAAACUGUCAGACGUCGGAUUAAAACACGACAUGAACUCAAACCUUCAGCGUCGACCGAGGAGUUUCAAAAAACUCUCUGUACCAAACUCCAUAGAGAAAACGCUGAAUUUAAGAGACUCGACGUUCACUGAUUUUAAACAGUGUAAAUAUGAGCUGUUGUGUACAUAAUGUUUACAUGUAGUAUAAUGUACAGACGUGUAUAUAUAUGUACAUAAUGUUUUUACCUACUGUGUAGGUUCUGGGACGUUUGUAUGUUUACAUUCAGGUCAGUGUUGGAUUUUUAUACUGAACAUGUUUCCUCUUUAAAACAAAGAGCUGAGAGAAUAAAACGUCUUAAUCCUGUC